UACUGAUCAGCCAAGAGGAAAACGACGAUUCUCGACCCCUGCCCCUUGCAUUGUGAAAAGGACAGACUUUCAUAUGUAUGUCCUUUCGGAACCCAGUCAGUUCACACCAAAGGCCUCAGAAGAGCUAGAACUUGCCCAUGCUGGCCUUGGGAAGAGGAUGUUAAGUAUACCAGACCACUUGAAACACGAUGAGAUUGUAGCUCUACUUGAGGAGGAAUUUCCUAAACUGAAGACCUUACAAGGAGGUUGGAUGUUUUUCAAGUCUACAGGUGGUAGCGGACGUCGCAAGCUGUCCACAAUUCCAACUGACGCUGAGGGUUACUCCACAAGGCUUCUUAAAUCCGCAUCUAACAAUGGGAAAAACAUAGUAUUUGUAGUUCCACUACAGGAGAAGCUUUCUACUGAACCACUUUCAUAUGAUUCAGUAGAGUUCGCCAAGAUGCCACAGUCAAAAUGCAUUACAUGUGGCAGUCAAAUGCCUUUGCAGCUGUUGCCGUUGCAUGUGGAGGAAUGCAAUGGCACAUUGACUGAGAGUGAAUCUGGGACAUGUCUUGAUGAAGAUUGUUCAGUUCUUGAGCAGCCAGUCACAUCUACCAUAGGCAUGGAUGAAUCCUUGGCGGUCUGCCCAAUCUGUCUUGCAUCAUACCCAGCUGAUGUUCUCCCAUCUCAUGCAAGCACAUGUGGUGACAGAAUGAACUGUGCUCAACCCAGCGUAGCAGCCAGUCCCCCAAUGGGAGAAGAAUUGCCAGGACCCUCAGUUCCACAAUCGUCAGUUCAACAAUCGUCAGCAGCUUCAACCUGGGCCACUGAAGUCGACCCACAAAAAGCAUGCCAGUUGUUCAGAGAAGAUUUACUGAACUGUUACUCUGAAAGUCCACGCCUCUCUCUAUCACUCGACAUGUUUGACGCAGAAGAAGAACAGGACAGUGCAUUCAUUUCAUUCUAUAAGCAGAAUAAUGUGAACUGGGCAGCUCCAUUCAAGUGCAGGCUGAGAGGAGAUGCAGCAGUGGGUGAUGGUGUCAACAGACAUGUUUUGUCAAUGGCCAUGCAGAAAUUGAAAACUGGCUUCAGAAUAAAUUUAGGCUCUGCUGCUUCUACAACCCUUUUUGAGGGGGAAAAAGACCAUCGGGUUCCCUCUGCAGCUGUUAUCCUGCGGGAAAGCAACCUAUUUGAGAUGGCAGGUCGUAUGAUGGGUCAUUCUUUCCUGCAUGGUGGGUUCAGCUUCUCUGGACUCAGUUUGCCUGUGGUGACCCUAUUGACUGGUGAGAGCAUUGACACUGCAGCAGCAGCUCUGACACUGGAGGACUGUCCUGAUAUUGACCAUCGUGAAACAAUUGGUUUGCUGAAGAAUGGUGAACUUACUGCAGAAGAAAACACCAAAGUGACUGAUCUUUGCCUGUCCUGGGAUCUUCCAUUUCCAACCUCCACCAAUCGUGUCUGGCUGUUCCAGGAACUGCUUUCACAUGCAGUACUUCACCGUGUUAAACAGCCAAUUAAACAAAUACGGAAAGGCCUUAAACAAACAGGAAUCUGGCCACUUCUUUCUGAUAGGCCAGAUGUCCACCCCUUCAUUUUCCCAAGGGAGUCAAGUGAGGAGCUUAACCCACAGCGCCACCAGAUGUGCUGCGUCACCUGAUGAAGUUUUGGGUGGGGUGGGAACUGCCAACAACAAAACUCAAUGUUGAGGUUGUAACCUCAACUUAUCCAGUGGCUCUCACCUGCUUCUUCAAGUUGAAGCUCCCCAGCCACUACCAGACCUACAAGAUUUUUCACCAGGACUUGAUGAUGGCCCUCAGUUCCAUAAGUUCUGGCUUUGGACUUGUGUAGGUAUAAAUGUCAUCAACUUCUUGUACUCAGUCACUCUUUUGAAAUGGAGUCACUUAAAAGGGCAAUUCCUGCUAAUUUAUGCACCAUUAACGUUCUAAAGUUUGAAUAUUCUACUUGUCAGGCACCACCUUCACCUGUCAAAUACUUUUGAGUUGGUUUGGUGAUUGGCUUUAGCCUGUGUUUUUUUUUUUCUAAAGUUCUUUUUAGUGAUUUUCAUGUUCUUAAUCUAGCUGCUAGUGUUCUUUUGUGAUGUCCUCUGCAGUGCAAUGAGCUUGGAUCAUUUAAAGAUCUCUUUGAGAGCUGUGGCAGCUUUCUUGGCCUCUCUAGUUCAUUAAGCUCAGACUUCCAUAUACAUUUAGUUGUAAUUAUUGAACAGUUUAUACAGCUAGUACAUGUUUAAUACAUUCAGAUGUUGAGGUAGAUACCAGUUUCUCAAAUAUUACUGUUGCCCUUUUACAGUAAUGUUCUAAAUUACCGUGUGUACACCUAACACUGUUGGUUUUGUAAAGCAAAUUUGUCUAAAUUUGUUAUCCCUUUACAGUGAUGUGUUGUAAAUACAACUGUACUGCUACAUUUGAUAAAUUUACACAAGUAUUUUAUGUUCCCUUGAACAACAUUAAAGGUGUUAAACAAG